UGCUCCCUCCACUACACCCCCUCCUCCCCUCCUCCUCCUCCUCCUCCUCCUCCUCCUUCUUCUUCUUCGCCGUUCACCGAGAAACACUCGCCAGAGAGGUACCGCAGCGACGGGUGGCUCUACAGCGACUCCCUCUGCCAGACUCCUCUCUCCCCCCCCUCCUCCUCCUCCUCCGGCUCCGAUCCCGACUCCCUCAGGCGGGACGACUUCGCCCUCCAGCUGCCAGAGCUGAAGAACCUGCUCCGGGUGCUCAAGGACAAGAGGGAGCGCUCCUGCGGCUGCGGCGGCGAGAAAUGCGGGCCCGGGAACGUCUACUUGGUGGGGACGGGGCCGGGCAAUCCCGAGUUGUUGACUCUGAAGGCGGUCAGGGUCAUCAAGGGCGCCAAUUUGUUGCUCUACGACCGGCUGGUGUCGAACGACGUGCUGGACUUGGUUGGCCCCGACGUGAGGGUACUCUACGUGGGGAAGACUGCCGGGUACCAUAGCCGCACUCAGGACGAGAUCCAUGAGUUGCUUCUCAAUUUUGCGGAGGCGGGGGCUACUAUUGUUAGACUCAAAGGUGGUGAUCCUCUGGUAUUUGGGAGAGGUGGGGAGGAGAUGGACUUUCUGCAACAACAAGGCAUUCAAGUACAAGUUAUACCAUGUAAAGAUGAGCUUCAAUCACAUGCGUACUCAUCUUAA